GGCCGCGCUUCACCCCGUGGAGGGGAGAGAGGAGAGGGAGGAAGCGGCGGCGGUUCCUCGCACCUGUCUCGUGCGCGUCGCCGAGUGUGAAAAAGCCCUGCGCUGACACAACUCCACAAACUACCUGCUCUCACCGAUCCUACCUGAAUGUUGACUUUCUGCUUUAACUAAAUAUGGAAGAGCUCGUUGCACGGUGGACCCUGUCAAUUCUUUCGCCUUGAGGUCGAUAACUUUCCAAUUCAGCUUUCCCCGAACGUAAUUCCCAUGGCUUCGGCAACACUGCCAGAUCUGCGACCUGUCAUCACCUCACCCAGCAAGUGUAUGUGAGCGCACUGGCACUUCUGUGUUUUUUUCUGCUUCCAGAGCCCCUUCAGCAGCCACCGAAAACACCCAGAGACCACAGGCUGCAAGAUUAGAGUGAAGGAUGGGGUCAACAGUUCAUCUGCUGGCCUUGCUCCUUGCGCUCACCACCAGUGCGUUGAGUCUCAACCCAGAUGACCCCAAUGUCUGCAGCCACUGGGAGAGCUAUGCGGUGACUGUCCAGGAAUCCUACGCUCACCCAUUCGACCAGAUCUAUUACACUAGAUGCACAGACAUCCUCAACUGGUUUAAAUGCACAAAGCACAGGAUCAGCUAUAAGACAGCUUACCGGCGGGGAGUGAGGACCAUGUAUAGGCGCCGCUCGCAGUGUUGCCCUGGUUACUUUGAAAGCGGAGACUUGUGUGUUCCUCUGUGCACAGAGGAGUGUGUCCACGGUCGCUGCGUGUCUCCCGAUACAUGCCAGUGCGAGCCCGGAUGGGGAGGACUGGACUGCUCCAGUGCAAGCACAGCCAAUGGAACAGGCUGCGAGAGUGACUUCUGGGGACCUCACUGCAGCAAUCGGUGCCAGUGCCAAAAUGGGGCUAAGUGUAACCCCAUCACAGGUGCCUGUGUCUGCACUGAUGGGUACCAGGGAUGGCGUUGUGAGGAGCCCUGUGAGCAUGGUUAUUAUGGCAAGGCGUGCCAGUUACCGUGCCAGUGUCUCAAUGGUGCCACCUGCAACCACGAGACAGGAGAGUGCAUCUGUGCACCGGGCUACACAGGGGCUUUCUGUGGGGAGCGCUGCCCCUCCGGUAGUCAUGGGCCUCAGUGUGAACAGCGCUGCCCCUGUCAGAACGGAGGAACGUGCCACCACAUCACAGGAGAUUGUUCCUGCCCUGCUGGGUGGACGGGUUCAGUCUGUGCCCAGCCCUGCCCUCUUGGCAAGUACGGCAUCAACUGCAGCAAAGACUGUUCCUGUCGUAACGGUGGAAUGUGCGACCACAUCACGGGGCAGUGCCAGUGUGCAGCCGGCUUCAGUGGACGCAGAUGUCAGGAUGACUGCCCUGUGGGCACCUAUGGACCGCAGUGUAACCAGAAGUGCGAGUGUCAGAAUGGAGCCAAGUGUCACCAUAUCAAUGGAGCCUGUCUAUGUGAAACAGGGUUUAAAGGGCCUAAUUGCCAGGAGAGAUUCUGUCCCCCAGGUCUAUACGGCCUCAUUUGUGACAAGUACUGCCCCUGUAACACCACCAACACCGUGAGCUGCCACCCGCUUUCUGGUGAAUGCACCUGCUCUGCAGGAUGGACAGGGCUUUACUGUAAUGAGACCUGUCCGCCUGGAUUCUAUGGAGAGGGAUGCAUGCUGACUUGCAGCUGUGCCAACGGAGCUGACUGUCAUCCUGUCACGGGUACCUGUACAUGUGCCCCUGGGUUCAUGGGUGAGGACUGCUCUACAGUGUGUCCACCUGGUCUGUUUGGACGUAGCUGCAUGUCCACCUGCUCUUGCCAUAAUCAUGCAUCCUGCUCUCCUGUUGAUGGCUCCUGCCUCUGCAAGGAAGGUUGGCAGGGUGUGGACUGCUCCAUCCUCUGUUCCAGUGGUGCCUGGGGUCUGAGCUGUAAUCAGACAUGCUUAUGUAGCAACGGAGCUGCAUGCGAUGCUAUAGAUGGCACUUGCACAUGUUCUCCUGGUUGGAGAGGAGAGCACUGUGACGAGCCCUGCCCUGAGGGUACGUAUGGGUUGGAGUGUCGUGAGCGCUGCGACUGCAGCCACGCUGAUGGCUGUGACCCAGUGAGCGGUUAUUGUCGCUGCUACCCUGGCUGGACAGGAAUCCACUGUGAUAAUGUGUGCCCACAAGGCUUCUGGGGACCCAACUGUUCAGUCAGCUGCUCCUGUCAGAAUGGAGGAUCGUGCUCUCCUGAGGACGGCACAUGUGUGUGUGCACCUGGAUACAGAGGGACGUCCUGCAAAAGAAUCUGCUCUCCGGGGUUCUACGGGCACCGCUGCAGCCAGUCGUGUCCACAGUGUGUGCACAGCACCGGGCCAUGCCAUCAUGUCACGGGCCACUGUGAGUGCCUGUCUGGCUUUACUGGCUCGCUGUGCAACCAAGUCUGUCCAAGCGGCAGGUACGGGAGAGCUUGUGCCGAGAUCUGCCUCUGCACCAACAACGGCACCUGCAACCCCAUUGAUGGCUCCUGCCAGUGUUUCCCUGGCUGGAUAGGAGAGGACUGCUCUCAGGCCUGUCCCUCUGGGCACUGGGGCCCUGAUUGUCUCAACUCGUGUAACUGUCACAAUGGAGCCCAGUGCAGUGCCUAUGAUGGAGAGUGCAGGUGCAGCCCCGGCUGGACCGGUCUCUACUGCACACAGCGCUGUCCUUCAGGGUUCUACGGCAGGGACUGCUCCGAAGUCUGCCGCUGCCAAAACGGCGCAGACUGCGACCACAUAUCUGGCCAGUGUGCCUGCCGAACCGGCUUCAUUGGGACGAGCUGUGAGCAGAAGUGUCCCGCUGGUACAUUUGGAUAUGGUUGCCAGCAGCUAUGCGAGUGCCUGAACAAUGCUACCUGUGACUAUGUGACUGGAACAUGCUACUGUAGCCCUGGCUAUAAAGGCAUCCGCUGCGAUCAAGCAGCUCUGAUGAUGGAAGAGCUGAACCCAUACACGAAGAUCAGUCCAGCGCGAGGCUCCGAGCGCCAGUCGGCGGGGGCUGUCAUGGGCAUCAUCUUUCUCCUCCUCAUCAUCAUGGCCAUGCUUAGUCUGUUUGUGUGGUACAGACAGAGGCAGAGGGACAAGGGCCAUGAGAUCCAGCCAAGUGUAUCGUACUCGCAGGCCAUGCACAUUACCAACACUGACUACUCUCUGUCUGAGUGUGGCAGUACUGUCGCGAUGAGAACCAGUGCCCCUGAGAUCAGUCAGAGCCAGAACAGCAGCAGUAGCAGUGGCCAGUGCUUCUCCAACCCUAGCUACCACACCGUGGCUCAGUGUAACGUGGUCUCAACCAUUUCCAGCAACUUGGAUGGCACUCUGACCCUCAAAUCAAACACGCUCAAAAGCAGAAAUGGGUCUGAAUGGAGGGCCUACUGCAACCUCAACGACCUGGAUGUUCAACAGGGUGAGGCACAGACACAAAGAGGCUCCAGGAAAGCUGCAGAUUACAUCAAGAGCUCCAUGUGCAGCAACAGCUCCUGCUCCCUCAAUAGUGAGAAUCCUUAUGCUACCAUUAGAGACCCACCAGGGCUGGCUUGCAAGCACACAGAGAGCAGCUAUGUGGAGAUGAAAUCCCCCUCCCACCGUGAAGUGCCCUUUGGAGGCACUGCCACCCUCCUGGGCAGUGCAAGCAGGAAUGUCUAUGAUGUUGAGCCGACAGUGAGCGUCCUGCAGGGGCCCAAUGGAAUGGCCACCGGAUUCUCCCAGAGCCCCUACGACCUUCCCCGCAGCAGCCACAUCCCCAGCCACUAUGACAUACUACCCAUGCGUCACAGCCCCACGCACACACCCCCACCGCCCCCAGAAAGCCCCAGCUCCCUGCUCUAAAAGGCACGCUCUCCUCCGGGCCUCUGACUGCGUGCCGGCAUCUGGGAAACAUCCAGCCACCUUUCAACCAACGGCCCUCCCUUUGUCUCCCUGUGUGUUCAAUUAGAUACUGACAUGCUGAGAUGGAAGGACAGCCACAGCUCCUCUGGACCCUGCUCUCUUUGGCUCCCUCACUGGCGCCCUUUCUAUCGCCCAGAGAGAGAAAGGGGGGGAGAAAGAGUGUCCCACACACCAGCGAUCAUUCACUCAUUGUAUUUUCUUAUAUAAUUGAUCACACAAACUGCUGCCUGGCCUCUUUAUGGACCUGCUGAAGUGGAACAAUAUCUUUCCAAGCACCCUGUAAGACAGUAUACAUGGAGUGGGUGGACAGUUUAUUUACCUGGAGAGAGCUCCCUUCACUCUGAUUUUUAACUCAUCAUAUCCGUUUGCAUUCAAGGGCAGCCAAGCAUUUAUAGAGUCCCCGCAAAACACAAGUGAUUUUCUCCACAGGAAAGAAGGUUAACCGCCUUCACCAUAUCUAAGCAGGCAAAGAUCUACUAUGUAUAGUGUUUAUGAAUUUUCUCUGUGAAGCAGCUGCAUAUCACAGCACAGCUGCCACAAAGUGCUUACGAUCAUCUACUCUGAAGUGAAGAAAAGCGCAGGCAAAGGUAGCGAAACCUCCACUAAAUGUUAAUUUAAGGAAACUUUGCUGUGAGUGAGCCAAGUCUGAGAAAGCAUGGAUAAAUAGUAAAAUAUUGUAUUUGGGGUUUUUUUAUUCACUGUUAUCCAGUAAUGAUCACAGUUAAUACUCAUGUGAUCUCUGUGUCUUACUAAAGAGCUUCUCUUAGUUUUAGUGUUAAUGAGGCCCAGUGUAUCUUGAAAUGUAUUCAGGUCAUCAGUGUUCAUGCAUUUAUUGCAUUGCUGAAAGUAACAGUAAGUCUAAAGUUUGGAUUUUUCUCCCCACACUAAUGAAGUGAUCUGAUCUUGUGUUGUUUUGUACGUGAAAGCUUCUUCUUCCUUUUUUUUUUCUUGCAAAUGUUUUGGUUUACAUUUUUUUUAAUAGUGGGUCUUAAGAAGAGUUUGCUUAGAUUUUUUUUGUAUUUAUAAAUCUAAUUGCUUUUUUUGGAUUGUUUUAUAUUAGUGAUGGUGUUCCUUUUUAAAAAAAAAACAAAAAAAAAAUCUGUGUUAUUCUAGCAUAAAAAAAGAUGAGCAUGGAUACCCGCUGAUGUAGAUAACACAAUUUAUCUUCUUGUGAAAUUAUCGGUGUCAUUUUGUGAACUGUUUUUGAAGUCACUUAAAAUGUUCUCACUCUCUCUGUCAAAUUGUAAAUUGAAAAAAGGAGAAAAAAAAGGCUUUCACAUGAGCAGUUUAAGACCCACAAAUAUCCUGUGCAGUAUUUACAAAAGGGAAUUAUAUGUUUAAAAAAAAAGAAAAAAGACAGGGAAAAAAAUCCAUUUCUAAAUUAAUUUAUGUUUAUAUCAGGCUAAAAGAGCAUAUUUAUUUAUUUAUUUAUUUAUUUAUCGAGAUGAAUUUGCUCAUUCACUAUGUGAAUUCCAUUUCACCCUAUGUAGAAGCAAUAACAUGUUGACAAUCGAUGCACAGACAGCGUUUCAUUAGUGCUGAACAUUAUCCCAUCUUUGACCAGUGUGGUGACCAGUGGAUCAUAAACCGUGUGACUAUUUGACCUCCGAGGAAGGUUUUUCUAGCUGCUGUCAUAUCAAAGCAGGUUGUUGUUUUGGUACAAGUUUCAAAUUAAAUGCCUAUUCUGCCAUCA